UUGUCCCAAAAUAAAUUUACCAACUAAACUUAUCGUCAAGUUGAUUUUAAACAUAAGACUCGAAGUUCAAUUGUCUACCCACAUGAAUAUAGCAUGUUAUCAUUAUGUAGUCGUUGUUCAUUAAGUGAGGCAUCAUAUCAACCAAAGCAGAGACUCCCACACUUCUCUUCUCUGUACGGUGUGUACGUUUCUCUCUCUCCCUUUGCUGUUUUGCUAUUCAUGGAUUAAAUUAACAGUACUGAAUAGCAUGCGCGCGGAACUCGACUGGUAAUUCAAGAGAUGAUGAUGUCUCGAACUAGCUCACAGUGUGGAAACAACGGCCCCAACUCUCCCACCUGCGCCGAGCCCGGUGGCGCAAGCGUUGUUCCUUCUGGCGGCGAAAAUGGAAUCAUGCUCUCUGGUGCGCGACUCGGAGAGAGCAGCAGCUCUUUUAGAAAAAGUGUGAGUAUGAACAAUCUCUCCCAAUUUGAUCAGCCUCAGGAUCCCAACCCCGAUUCCGGUUACGCAUCAGACGAUGUCGUACAUGCCUCCGGCGGAAGUCGCGAGCGCAAGAGAGGUGUGCCGUGGACGGAGGAGGAGCACAAGCUAUUUCUGUUGGGAUUGCGGAAAGUAGGGAAAGGAGAUUGGAGAGGAAUUUCAAGAAAUUAUGUGAAGACGCAAACGCCGACUCAGGUGGCGAGUCACGCACAAAAAUAUUUUCUCCGCCGUAACAACCACAAUCGGAGACGUCGCAGAUCCAGUCUCUUUGACAUCACCACCGAUUCUUUCAUGAAUUCGUUAAUGGAAGAAGACCGGAUCCACCAAGAUACGACGGCCCUACCGCCGCAGCAACCACCGACGCAGAAGAAUUUAACUUGCAAUCUAGGAGGAUAUCCGGUUUCAAAUUUUCCGGUAUCGCUUAGUCCUGUAAUAUUACCGGUCACCAGAGAGGGCUCAAUGGAGCAUCUCAGUUUAGGACCAGUCAAUCAACGGAAAUCAUCUAUCCCUCAAGCUUUCAACACCAUCAUCCAAGGAGCAGUCACCGCACUCUUCAUUGGUGUUUGAGUCCAUAUCAAGCGGAGAUAGCAUCAUCAUUGCGGCUGAAGAUGAUUAUAUAUAUAUAUAAUGUCGAUUGAAAUAUGUAUA